UUUUCAUUAGAUUUCAUUACCAUCUCGUGUUGGAAAGAGUGCAGUCGUGAUCCCGGGGUUCGGCUGGGAAGCAGGGAAAGCUAGCUACGGUCGUGCCAUACAGUGGUGGAAGAAGAUUUUUUGCAGUGAUCCAUUUAAAGUUGUGCCAUCAAAACAAUGAAAAUUGAGCUACUAAUACUGGCAGCGUGCAUCGCGGCCUGCAUCGCGGCACCUCAACGAACCGAGGCGGAGUCAGAAAUCGUUUCUCAAGACACCAACAUCGAGCCGGACGGGUCUUAUCAGUACAGCUACGAAACGGCCAACGGAAUUCGUGGUCAGGAGCAGGGAACGUUGAAACGUGCCAGCAGUCCAGACACCAGCGAUGUCAUCGUGGCGGCCGGUUCGGUCACUUACACCGCACCCGACGGUCAGGUUAUCACACUGAACUACGCCGCCGAUGACGAGAAUGGUUUCCAGCCCCAGGGUGAUCAUCUGCCAACACCGCCGCCGAUUCCCCCGCAAAUCCAGAAGGCCCUUGACUACCUGGCCAGUCUACCACCGGCCAACCGGAGACGUUAGUCCGUUUGGAAACCCAAGACUCUAGUGCUGAUUACUGCCAGACACCGCAUCGGACAUGAUAUGAAGGACCUCGACGACCCGCAAUGACUAAUACUCAAUUGUUUUGUAGUUUGUUGAUAGGAUAAGUAUUGCUGUUGUAAACAAUACCAGUAAACCGUUUUGUUAUGAAGAUAUUCGGAAAAAUGGAAUUUCGUGUUCAAGCUUUGUUGCCAAAUGUUCUAGUAAAUAUACAUAUACAAUAGUGCACAUAACCACAUAGUUCAAAGGCGUUAAUAAAAAACGCAAAUGAAA